AUCGCGCGGCCAGACGCAGCCGGGAGUUUCCAGCGAGUGCACCAACUCCAACACCUGAAGGAAAAAACACUCUAGAAGAAGUUAAGAAGAAGUUCAAGUGAAAACUUCUCUUCAGGAAAAAGGUGAUUUGGUUCUUCUCCGAGAGUAGAAACACGCGGCUAGACUCCCGAAACAGCGCGACGGAGCGAACUCUCCUCUUCUGACGCAAAGUGCCCGUGAAGCUGUGCCGCCUUGCAGUCAUGUCUCUCGCACUCCUGUUAGCCGUGACGCUCAUUGCUCAGGCGAGCUGCCACAUGUCCCUGCAGGAUCCCCCAGCGAGGAACGUCAUGUGGAGGAUGGGCUUCUCCGCCCUCCCUGAGCACCGGGACGACGACUACCUCAUCUGCAACGAGAACGGAGGUCGUAAGUGCCCCCCUUGCGGUGACAGCAUCGACAGCCCCCCGCCGCACCCUCACGAGGCCGGGGGGGUGUGGGCCACAGGCAUCAUCACCAGGACCUACAGCGAAGGAGAGACCAUCGAAGUCCACGUGAACGUCACCCGAAGCCACGGUGGAUACGUUCAGCUGAAGCUCUGCCCGAACAACGACGUGAACGCCCCCGUGACCCAGAGCUGCCUUGACCAGUACCCCUUGCAGAUCGCCGGCCAGUCCUCCACGAAGUUCAAGAUCUCUGCCCCUUAUGACAGCCCCGAACAGCUGAGGUUCAAGGCCGUUCUUCCCGCCGGCGUCACCUGCGACCAGUGCGUUAUCCAGAUGACCAAUAACGCUGCCCAGUUCAAGCCACAGACCGUCAUGUUCCGUAACUGUGCCGACAUCGCCAUAGUCCCCGGUGGAGGCAGCAGAGGAGCCCCUGUGGGAAAGCCCGUGUCCUUCAACAGCCCUUCGGCACGACAGGGAGGUUCCUUCGGUCGCCAGCCCUUCUCCAACCACAGGCACUUUGGAUAAACAACAUCUCAUAGUUUUAUCAUAGUUCACCCUCCAAGUCCGAGCGUCACGGAGCCUUAAAAUGUCCGUUUUCUGUUUCUUUCUUAUUAUAUAAUUUUCUCUCUUUCUUUCUAUCUCUUCGCUUGCCAUCUCCUGGGCUUGUGUAUGUGAUAUAUAGUCCUUAUUUGAUAUGGAUGAAAUUAUGUCUGGCUAUUUGUAUGUCAUUUUUUAGUUUUCUUCUGGCUAUAGUAGAUAUAUUUAGCAGUCAAACAUCAAGGAAAGCAGAUUUUUAUUUUUCAUAUUAACUGAAACAGCUGCACAUUUUCUUCGUUCGAAUUACACAUUUUGUUCCAAACAGUUUCUAUCUUUUAUCAGCUGGAUUUAUCUCGCUUAUCAAUUCUAUUCAUCGUUUGCAUAACACUAAGAUGGAUUUAAAAUUCAUUUAUCCACUUUCAGAUAUGAAAUGAAAGAAUGAUAAUGUAUAUAUGUAUAUUUCGAUAAAUAGUGAGUGAUCGUAUAUGUAAGUGUUUAAAUGGCUAAAGCUGUAUGGCUGCACUUUUUAUGUAUGUGUGUAUGACCGAGUGAAAAAAAGCGAAAAUUAAUUGCUCUUUCUUAUACGAACAUGGCCUAAUUAUUACUACAGUAAAAUACAACGAAAUAUGCUUUACCUUAGCAGUGCAUUCUCACAGGACAGGCUUAAGAGGACAGCUCGGACCCUUCCCAUUCCAUCCCACAAGAUCUCAAAUAUUUGAUAUUUAUUUAUACAAUAAAGCUAUCUUGAUCUGAAA